AUGCCGAUGCAAUACGAGGACUUCAAGGCCCGGCGCCCAGGUUCUGAGAUCAAGACCUUGCUCCACUGCGUCACGGACGUGCGAGGCCCUACGCGCAAGAACACGGGAAGCUGGGAGGCUGGAGUGGAGGAGCAGGCGCUCAGGUCGGUCAAGGAGGCUCUGCAGAAGGUUGGUGUGGUGGAGGGGCCGCAAUCCAACACGGAAGAGCAAGAGCGGAAGGUGCUAAGAGUGUCAAAGAUCACGCCGGGGGAGUGCUUUGGCACGGGCGCAGCGCUGAGCGACACCUCAAACGCUGGCAUAGAUGGUGUGGAGAGUUGCUUGCAGGACUUCAUGCAACGUCGGAAGUCCACAAACCUGCGGAUGUUGGUGCUGCCGCCAGCCCAGGCCGUGAGUAAUGCUAUCCAAAUUGACCUUGACGACAGCCUGGCGAGCGAGGCCCAAGACGAAAAUGAGGAGACGCAGUCUUUCGAGCAGACGUACGAGAGGGCCCGACAGGCGAGAAAAUUGUGGGAGAUGUACAAGAACUUUACGCGCGAGCAGAAGGAGCUCGGUGUGGGCCGACAUGAAGCACAUCAAAGAUGGCAAUUGGCGGAGGAAGUGGACUGGUCCAAAGUCACGAAGGACGAGGAGAACCAGGCGAAGAAGAAGAAGAGGAUCGGCAACCUACGUUGCGGGAAUGGCAGGCUCAGCAACCGAUCGGACAAGACACAGUUCACCAACACGGUGCUGCAGCGGAGGAAGUGCGGCAGAGUCUUCCAGAAGAAGUUCAACUUGAGCGACAGCGAAUUGGAGGGAGGCAUCAUGGAUUUUGUGGACGUGUUCGAAGAUGAGCGGCUGAAGAGCCCAGCGGCGCUCACAAACUGCCCUCAGCCACUGCCUUUGGAAGAUGGGCAUGUCGAACUCCCGAAGGAGAAGGAGAAGGCAGAGGUGCCAGAGGACUUGUGCUGGGAGCCGGAGCUAAAAACGGAGUGGAGCUGGGUUGUGGUGGAGGAGUGUGGCACGGUCAACACGAACCUGGCUGGUGCUGCGACAGUGCCUCAGGGCGAUGUGCCAGAGGACUUCUGCUGCGCAGCCUCCAAGCGGCCGCUCUUCUACCCUGUGGUGACGGAUCAGGGCAUUGCCUACUGCUAUUCUGUCCUUUUCGAGAUGUUCCUGAAGGCCGACGUUGUGCCCACGUGCGUUGUCACCGGCGAGCCUAUCUGGUUUUUUCCACAAGUCUGCGUGCCGCUGCAUCACUUUAUGCUGGACAUUUACAAGAAGGAUCUUAAAGGUCGCAAGGCCAUCGAGGAGUCCAUCUUGGCCGCCUUUAACCUCAAGGCUCCCGUCGUGUCGGAGGCGCCGGAUGAGGAAGGCGAUGAGGGCUUCCUUGAGGAGUUCUCCUGUCCAGUCAGUGGCGAGUUGGCCGUUAGUCCUUGCUGCCUCUCCAGCGGCACUAUCGUGAGCGCGCACUGCGUCCCACGCGGCGGCUUCAAGAAGGAUCCGAACAGAUUGGUGGCUUGCGGCCUGCAUGGGCAAGCCCCGAUAAAGAGCGAGGUGCUUGAGCUGAUGAUCAGGACCAAGUUCCCUUCGCAGUACAAGGCUUUGGAAGCCAAGAAAGCAAGUGUUGAGCUCGUACCGCAGCCCACCUGCGGAGACUUCGCCGCGGACGAGCACGUGCAUCUGGGGCUAGGCUGCGAUGGCUGCGGACUGUGGCCCAUUCGUGGUGCAGCUUAUGAGGAUGUGGACUGCAGAAGUUCCACUGGCUUUCACCUUUGCCAAGCGUGCUACGACCUGGGCUACCACAAACGCGUGCUGGGAGGCCGUUUCAAUCAGGGGCACAUGCCAAAGAACUCCAUGAGCCACAUCAGUGAGGCGAUCUUUUGA